AUUGGAAAAAGUUCUUCCCUGUGAGGGUGGUGAGGCCCUGGCACAGGUUGUCCAGAGAAGCUGUGGCUGCCCCAUCCCUGGUAGUGUUCAAGGCCAGGCUGGACGGGGAUUGGUGCAAUCUGGUCUAGUGGAAGGUGUCCCUGCCCACAGCAGGGAGGUUGGAACUGGAUGAGCUUUAAGGUCCUUUCCUACCCAAACCAUUCCAUGAUUACAUGAAUCAUGGAUAGGCUUGCUUUUCCUUCCUGUGAUGUCGUUAUGGUAUGCAGCCUUUAGAGUCCUAUCCUGAGCCACCUUGUGCUGUAUGCAGAAGAGGGUCUUAAAGCAGGAGAUAUUUACUUUGCAAACUCUCCCUGGGCUAAUGUACACCAUGGGUAUGUUGAUUUAUGUCCCAGUUGAAACACCAGUGUGGUCACCACCCCAAAAAGGCCCUGAUGUGUCUUUGCUGGCUGCGCUGUCAUUACCAGCAAAGGGGGAUGCCUCCACUGCUUCCUGGAAUGAGUCCUCUGCAUUGAUGGGUUGCCAUCUCCUGACUCUCUGGUUUUCUCCUUUAGCAUUUUAGUCUUUCCUUCCCAGUGUUUUUCCUCCUGAAUUCUUGAGGUGGUUCCCUUCUUCUUCUUAAACCCCAGCCUUGCCUAGCAGGCCUGCUGUGUGAUAGUGUUCUGUCUCAGCUGAGCUGGGGAGCUUGGCUCUCUGUGUCCUCUGCAAAGUCAAGUGUCUGACCAAAGAGAAUAUCUGCUUGAGCCAUGGGCUCACAGGGGGACACACUAAAGGAAGAUGAAAAGGCAAAUCUUGAAAAAAAUCUACUGGCAGAAGCAUGUGAGAAAGAAGGACUGGAUGAUAAACACUGGCUUCCCCAUCUGUCAGGAAUACUGGGAGUCAAGUCCAAAGAAGCCCUGAAACAUAUGCAAUAUGAAGACUACCUUAAGCUGGAGCCUAAAGUAAGGUACCCCUGGGAAAAAAGGGCUCUCCAAAAGCUCCUGGGAGUAACAGUCAGCAAAGAAAAUGCAGAAAAGACUUUUGAGGAGGUGCAGAAGAAGCGAUUGGAGAGAGCAAAACAGAGACAAGAAGCAGCCAAACUACUCAUGAAGGAGCUGAAAGAAAUGCACAAAAGCCACAGCCACAGCAAGGAUGCUAUAAGAGAGAAAGAGGAGGCUCUGUGGCAAGCCAUUGAGAUUCCCAAAGAGUACUGGCCACCACCAGAGAAGUCACUGGUGAGUUUGCUGGAGAACAUCCAGAAGCAGCUGGAGCAGCAGGAGUUGAUAGUGAGCAAGGCUGAAAUUGUCUCUGACACGGAGGUCCUGAGGCGGGCGUCAGGGGGACUGGCCCUGCAGGGCAUCUACAAAACCAGCAGCUUUGAGGAUGUGCUGGCAAAGAGAGACCAGCUCAUCCAGGUUCCCGAUGGAUUCAGGCUUGUUGGUCCAGAGCAAGGGUCUCUGUUUGAGAGGAAGGAGUUCUCCUCCUCUGCAGCAGAAGCUGCUUUCACCAAGUCCAUGGAGAAGCUGGGGUUCAGCAUCACCGUUUCUGCCAAAGCUGGGUUCUGGGGGUUUAAUGUUGGCACUGACAUAGAUCACAGCAGCUCUUCGCAGUCGAUGGAGACCCACCAGUCCCACUCUGAGCAGAGCUACAUUUGCACUACCAAGUACCACUACAUCCCUCUGGCCUCCUGCUACUUUCAAAAGCAUCAGCUUCACCUAACAGAUGGGGCCCUGCAGGAGCUGAAAGACAUCGAGUAUCUUUUGAGCAGCAUUCCGGAAGAAGACAGGUCCAACGUGCUGAAUAGCAGGUGUAAGAGGUUCUUCAGCACAUUUGGGUCCCACGUAAACCAGGGUCCCCUCCACUUUGGGGGGAUAUUCCGGUGGAAGGCAUCUGUAGCAGGAUUCAGAGCUGAGCAGCGGGAAGAGAUGAAGCAACAAGUAUCUGAAUCACUGGAUGGCUAUGUAAAUGCCACCUACAGCGGCUUCGGUGUCAGCAUGGGAGUGGAUGUGGAAGGUUCAAAAUACAGCUCACAUGCUUCUUCUCAGGGAAGAGAUGGAAAGAGAGCCCACACAGGAGUUCAGCACGAGGUGACCAACACAGGGGGCCCACCAGAGACAAAUUUUCUUCCUCAGUGGAAAUUGGGGCUUGUAACUAAUAACACGAGCUGGUGUGUUAUUGACCGAGGCUUUCAAUUGAUCCCAGUGUGGGAUAUAAUCCUGUUCAAUCACAGAAGUGAUUUUAAGUCCAGCUAUCAAAUGAGCAGCAGCCUCAGGGCUGCAUAUGAAGCGUUAACGAAUCACAGUGUCAGCAUCAUGUUUGGAGAGGAACUGGUCAGUGCAGUGGAAGAGGCCAGAGCUUUCAUGGAGUGUGUGAAGGCCUGGGAGGUGACAGUAGAUGAAGAGAGACUGUCCACGCUCCUAACAUUCAAACAUAAUCUGUAUGAAAAAACCAAAACCCAUAAUGUCUGGAUUGACAUAUGCCUGUCAGAAAAAGGACUGCAGGAGUUCCUUGUGAAUACUGUUCUGUUUUUCAGGAAGUCACCUCCAGAAAACACCAUGUGUAUCAAGUCUCUGUUGAAGUGCCUCCUGGAUCCUUAUGUCUAUUCUGUCAAGGACUUCCCCAGGUCUUCCUUCAUUAUGCAAUGGAUCUUUGAUAGUAACCCCAUGCUUCCUGAAACUCCCAGUGCUUCUGAGCUUGAAGAUCUCACCGAGACACUGCUGCAAAUGAAGGAGUACAUCCAGGAAGUCACCUAUGCACCAGAAACUGCAGCAUCUGCCAUUCAUGAAGCAAAGGUGAAAGCCACGUUGACUAUAAGCUCAACUGUUUAUUCCUUACUCCAGGUUCUCCAGAGAAGGGCACAGAAAGACAUAGAACUGUUAGUACUUCUAAUUAUGACCAGCACAGGAUACCAGAUGGAAGGGAACAAUUUUCAGUACCUCCUUGGAUGUCCAGAAAUUAACUUCAUGAUAAAUGAAAUGCAAGAGGGACAUAAGGAGUAUCUGACUCUGAAGGAACAAGAUGUUUACAGAGCUCAGGCUUUCCUGCUGCUGCUGGGUCUAAAGGUAACACCUGAAUAUAAAGAGGUGUCACCUGAGCAGAAGAAUGAGCGUUUAACGUUCAUGGAAGAUCAUAUGAAAAACUUAUGGUCCACAGAGGUAAAAACUCUCUUUGAAAAGCACCGUGCACUCAAAGACUGGGAGAUGCUGGAAAAGGACUUGGAUUCCCUCAUCAGUGGGUGCUUGGAGGACACAUGUGACGAUCUGAAGAAAGACAGUAUAAUCAGAGACAUGAAAGACACUUUUCAAAGCACAGAGCCUUCCAGUCAAUCCAAAUCCAAAUCAGACAGCAGUGAAACUGAAGCAAAUCAAGCCACUAGAAAUCAAGAAUUCCUCCACUUACUUAAGCGCCUUGGACUGGAAAAUCACUAUCCAAGGAAGAUGGGGACAGAAGACUUCCAUAUCAUAUACAAGAAAUCUUUACAUGACAGCCACCCUAGCAACGACAGUGAAUUACCAUUUUACUUCCUGCAAAAGCUAUUAACAGUGGAUUAUCGGGUGAGGUACCUGACUUGCAGGGAUGAGAGCAACCCACAACUCGCAUCUAUGCCAAAACCCACAGAGCAAGAGCAUGAACCCUCAGAUUCCUUUGAUGACUUUUUCACUGAUUUGGAGGAAGAAGCCCCUGAAUCUGCAACCAAAGACCGUUGUGUGCACCCCAUGGACCUCCAGAUGGCAAUUUUUCAUUGUGCUGAUGAUUUCAUGAGACAGUACAUUUCAACAAAGCUUGCUUUCUGCCAAUUUGCACUACCUCUCCUGGUACCAAACCCAUGCACUUCAAAGAUAGAGUUUCCCCUCUGGUCCCUCAGCCAGAUAAAGAAGAGCUGGAAAGAGGCUGAGAAGCCAGGAAAGCAGGCCAGAACUAACAGUUACAAAAACAAAUUCAUUUAUCAAGCAGAGACACCCAUCGUGUCCUUCAUACGGAUUGGCAGUUCUCCUUCCUCUUCCAAGUCUCAGAUCCUGAAUGCUCUGCUGAGUAAACAAAAACAUGACACUUUUUUCCACCGGCAUUGCAAAGGCAGCACCAAAGACUGUUUGCUGAUGAAAGGUGUUGUGGAGAUCUCCUGGUACUGUCCCCGGGGCAGUGAUGAUGACAGCUUUGACUGCUGUGUUGCUUUCUGUAACCUGCACGGAGAUGCAAGGGACCACGAAGAACAGCUGCAGUUUCUACAGGAGAUAUCAGCUGUGAAUGUGGUUCUUGUAACCGAGUCUGAUCAGAGUGACAAGAAAGGGAUGAAGAUUUUACGUGACCUGUGGCAGUCACAGAGGCCUUUGGUUUGUCUUUUCACUGAAAAAGAGAACAUUGCUGCUGGCCGAUCUAGCCAAAACAUAAGAAUAGGUAUCAAGAACAGAAACGAAGCAGAAUUAAUGGGCGAGCUGAAAAAAAUCAUUGGAGAACUUGUGGAAGUGUCUAACACACUUUUCAGCCUCGAUUCCUGCCUGGACAAAGCUCGCAAGCAUGGAUUCUUAGUCGAUGAAGAUACAGAUGCAUGUGUAACAGCCAAAGAAAAGGCAAAGGCACUGGUGAAGCUUCUGAAGGAAGAGAAGUUGUUUGAGAUCAAAUCCAAACUGCUGCCUCUUCAAGGAAAACUGUGGCACAUGUGGUGCAAAAAGGACAAAGAACUCACUCGCUUGCAGGAAAAGAGGAACCAGAGCAUAGAGCAUCAUCGGAGCCAAACUGAAUUGGAGAAGUCAGCAAUAAGAAGAAAACAACUAGAACAAGCAUUCCCCCUCAAUCAGCUGAUGAAAUCAGUCCUUGGCUUUCUCCAGUCACAGCCAGCAGAUACCAAGAAAUACUUUCUGCACUGGAUGAAGGUUUUCAUGGACGAUCUGUCUUCCGACCGCCUUGACGAACUGAAGAAAGAAUAUCACCUGUUAUGGUCUCAAAUCCUGGCAAUAACGAAAAGCAAUGACAAAAGCUAUCUGAAAUCUCAGUUGAUGAAGAAUAUAGAUGACCUCUCCAAUGAAAUCAACUAUUCAUCCGUUGGCCUUGAGCAUAUUUUGAGAGAGGUAGGGCAGAUUUAUGAAGCUGUGGAAUCGAUGAACUCAAAGGAUGAAUAUUUUGUCAAACUACCUGAAAUUGCAGCUGAUCUGAUGGUUUCAGGGUAUCCUGUCGAGCUGAUGGAUGGUGAUGCUUCUUACAUACCAUUACAAUGGGUCAAUGCAAUCUUUGACAGAUUAAUUAAUAAGCUAGGAGACAAACGAGUAUUUGUUCUCUCAGUGCUUGGCAUCCAGAGCACAGGGAAGUCAACCCUGCUGAAUGCCAUGUUUGGUCUUCAGUUUAAUGUCAGUGCAGGGAGAUGCACCCGGGGAGCGUUUAUGCAGUUAAUUAAAGUAGACGAGAAGCUGCAACGAGAUCUGGGCUUCAGUUACAUGCUAAUUGUUGACACAGAGGGACUUCGUGCCAUAGAGAUGGCCAAUAAACAGUCCCUUAACCAUGACAAUGAGCUGGCCACCUUUGUCAUUGGCAUUGGCAACAUGACUCUGAUCAACAUCUUUGGAGAAAAUCCGUCAGAAAUGCAAGAUGUCCUCCAGAUUGCCGUCCAGGCUUUUCUGAGGAUGAAGCAAAUAAAACUUUCCUCAAGCUGCCUGUUUGUACACCAAAAUGUGGGAGAAAUAACUGCCAAGGAACAAAACAUGGAAGGACGAAGACGCCUCCAGAAAAAGCUGGAUGAAAUGACUGUGAUAGCUGCUCAGCAAGAAUUCUGUGAUGCCUACUGCUUCAGCGAUGUCAUUCACUUCGAUGUGAACACCCAUGUUCAUUACUUUUCUCACCUGUGGGAAGGAAACCCCCCAAUGGCACCACCCAACCCCACCUACAGCCAGAACGUCCAGGAAUUAAAGAGCAAAAUUCUCCAAGCUGCCAAGAAGAGACCACCAGGCAGUAUUUUGAGUCUCUCGAGCUUGAAAGUUCGUAUUAGUGAUCUCUGGAAUGCUUUACUGAAUGAAAACUUCAUUUUCAGCUUCAAGAACUCAGUGGAGAUUGCUGCGUACAAGAAGCUGGAGACCGCAUUUGGCCAGUGGAGCUGGUGGAUGAGGAGUCACGUCUUAGACUUGCAAAUGAAACUGGACAAUCAAGUUCGGAAUGGGGACAUACAGGAGGUCCCCAGAGAAAGCCUUGAAAAUGUAGUGCAAAAGACAACUGAUGACAUCAUGAAAGACGUGGAAAAGUAUUUCACUGAGGAGAAAGACCAUGAGAUACUGGCCCAGUGGAGAGUCGUCACAGAACGGAAGCUGGAUGAACUGAAGAAAUCUCUCCUUAGUGAAACUAGAAAGAAGUGUGAGAAUCUGAUUGAACUAAAGAAGAACCAGCGUAAACUGGAUGAAAAGAAGUCAGAAUAUGAAAGUGAGCUCUUGAAAAAGAGUAGGGAGAUGGCUUUAUCUCUAAAAGGCCAGAGACUAACUGAAAGUGAACUCAGAGACAACUUUGUUCGUCUUUGGAAUACAUGGGUUGCUGUAUUCUCCUCUGCUGCAUCCCCUCUGAAACAGGUUGAUAUCGAUAAGGAAAUAGAAGAUGUCCUUCUAGAUCACUUUAAGGGACCUAACUUACUAGAACGGAUAAGCAAAUUUCCCAAAACCAAAGCAUUUUCUGUUAACUUUGAAAAACACAUUGCUAAGAAAAAACGUUGGCGCUUCUUUGAUCAGAAUUUGGAUCAUGCUGAUAUGAGCAACAUACAACACAUUACAGAUAACAUCAUAAGGUGUGUGACAAAGAACAUUGAUAAGAAGGAACAGGAGAAAAGGGAUUAUAGUCAAAGUUUCAUUCAUGAAAUACUAAAUGAAGUGCAGAAGGGUAUAAGCUCUGUCCCUAUCAAUGCAAAAUACAGUUUUAAUACAGAUUAUGCAAUAGAUUUAUCUCUGUAUCUGUGCGGAAUGGCAGCAAAAAGAUUUAAAAGCAUGCAGGAAACAUUCAGAAAAGCAAAUGAUCCAUACACCUACAUGGUGAACAAGAGAGAAGAUUUCUUUAAAUAUUUCCAGAUCUCUUGCCAAGGGGCCACUUCUAUCACAGCGUUUGCUGUUUUCCUGUGUGACAAGAUUGGCCCAGCUCUUCGCCGUGCAAUCUAUGAGAGGACAGCUCUUACCAUAGCUCAGGACAUCAGGGGUAAGCUGCCAGACUUCAGUGGCAAUAGAUCUUCUCUGGAAGUUUGCAUACUGAAAUACUUAGCAGAAGAAGAAAACUUUGAGUAUUUCCAGACGUAUCUUAAUUUCUCAGAAGACUUUAUGAAGAGUUACAUUGAGAGACGUGUUAAGAUGUACUGUUUAGAUAAGAACAGGAGGCUGGAGAAGUUUUUAGAUUACCGCCUUACUCACCUCUAUGAAAGCAUUCUGUCAGCUGUUUUUCAAUCAACCAAGAUUGUCAAAGACAGAGGAGACAGAAACGACAAAAUCUCUCUUUGGCUGGAUGAAUUUUGCAACGCACUUACAGAAGUGCUAAUCUUGCCCAGGAGCGACCUGAAGAGCAUGGAGCAUCAGGAGAUAAACGACAUAGACUUCCUGAAAAAUGCCAUGACAGAAGCGUUGGCUUCCCUGAAGGACAGUCUCAAGGAAGAGUUUCGUAAUGCUGAUAUGAGCAUAUUUGAAAAGCAGCCUCACGCAAUCUUGGCCGAGCAAUUUUCAGGAUGCUGGAAUCAGUGUCCCUUUUGUGGGGCUGUUUGCACAAACACUAUUCCACAUCACGAUGGAGACCAUCAGCUUGUCUUCCAUCGUCCUCAAGUUUUGGCAGGUUACAUCUGGUAUAAAACAGACAAUCUGGUCAUUGAUAUUUGUUCUAGUAGUAUUGUGAGUGACAAUUUAUUCAGGAUUGAUGAAAACACAUGGAUCCCCUACAAGAAAUACCGUGAUGCAGGACUUCCUUAUUCCAAUUGGCUAAUUCUUCCUGAUACAUCAAUACAAGCGUACUGGAAAUGGUUUGUGUGUCAUUUCAGGACAGAGCUUGAAAACUUGCACAAUGGGAAAUUUCAUGGCAAAGGAGAAAUCCCUGCCUCAUGGCAGAGAAUUACAAAGCAGGAAGCGCUUGAUGAACUGAAGAAGCUUUAGGCCAGCUUGACAUCAGAGACUGUAGUGAUAGGACAAGGGGCAUUGGAUUCAAACUUACACAGGGGAAGUUCAGACUGGAUAUAAGGAAGAAAUUCUUUACUGUGAAGGUAGUGAGGCAUUGGAACAUAUUGGCCAAAGAAAUGGUAAAUGCUCCACCCCUGGCAGUGUUCAAGGCCAGGUUGGACAGAGCCUUGGAGGACAUGGCCUACUGUGAUGCGUCCCUGCCCAUGGCAGGGGGGUUGAAACUAGAUGAUCUUAUGGUCCUUUCCUACCCAAACCUUUCUAUGAUUCUAUAAUAUGAAGGAAGAACUGCAACCGCUUUGCAUUUUAGAAGAGCAUAGUAUAAGUAAUUCCACAAAAUAUUGUUAUAUUAGACGAUAUAUAAAAUACAUAUGCAGCCGCAAGCUACAUGAAGGAUACCUAAUUGCUGACAAAGUUGGGUGAAAUAAGGCGUGCUACUCCUGCCUCAGAAAUCCCCUUGCUUCAUGA